AAAGCCACCGUCGCACACGCUCUCUCCCCGUCGUCAGUGCUCGCCUCGUUCGCUCUCAUGGCCGCGCCCGUUGUCGAAGCAAAAUCACUCUCUUCACUUACAGCACUUGCCUUUAACCCACCAUCUUACCCAAGGAAUCCGACGCAUUUUAGGCAUGAUCCGCUAGUCCUGUACAUUGCGCGUGUUCCUGGUAGCAGAGAUGUUUUUCUUUCACCUAUGAAACCACGCGAGAAGGUAGUGACCGCAGAAGACAUCCAAAGUUCAUUGUACUAUGUCCACGUCAACCAGCCCGAGGAUGCUUACCUCGUCGAUCCUCCAGAGCUGAGAGGUCCUGAUGCUGUAGGCCAAAAUCCAUCAUCUGUCCCGCUGGUUCCGCGGAAAGCGGUUCCGGGGACUUCUAAUGCUGUUCCCCCAAUGCGAAAACCCGUUCCAGGAACCCUGGCUCCUAUUGAUAAUUACUCAAAUAGCCACAAUAUCAGCGCUGGAAACUUUUCGCAAAGACCAGGGGUACUUGCGUCAGACUAUAGCAGCCCACGGCGCUCAUUUGACUCGACCCAACACCAACAGGAAAACGAGAAGCCACCACCGCUGCCACGUCGGCGAUCAGAAAACCCACCACGUGAACCUCCGUCACUCACGCUCAUCCGAAGAGAUCCGGCAUCUGGCGCUCAAUGGAAUGUUGCCCGUAUUGAGGAUCCUCCAAUUGUUGAGAUUUCAUCUUCAGCUUUGAGAGACCCCACCAAUAAGAAAAGGUCUGGGGCACCGAUGUACAUCCAAGUGUUCAACCCUGGAUACUCCAAAUUCCUUCACUCGGACUCCUCCGACAAAUCUCAGCCACCUUUGGUGAGCCGAGACAGUGGUUUCUCUACUCAGUCAUGGCAAAAGGGACAUUCUGGAACAGUAGAAUCGCAAGCAAGUGGCCAGGUCGCGAGUGAUAACGUAUUCCGUCGACGCAUCUGGCUGGAAGGCUCACAGCACUUGGGCCAUGCAUUUGGACACAGGAAGAAUAGCUCUUACGAUGCCAAUUACGCUCGGCCUAGUUCCAAAGGUAGCUAUACUGGACAGGCUGAGAGACCGUCGAUGGACCUGCGCUCUCCGUUCUCACCUUCAUUCCAGGCGCAUGACGAUCAGGCACAUGGCAACAUUCAAGUUUCUGAAAGACAAACAAGUUUCCGUGGCUAUGUCUUCACAAGCCCAUGGAAUGGGCGCUGCGAGUUUGUUACCGGCGUGGGCGGAGGGUCCCUCAAGUGUCGCCACAUCAUUCCCGGACUUCAAGGAGCACCAAUCUCAAGUGCGAGUUUGAGCGAGCUCAGGUUUAACCUCCCCAGUGGCCCUAAGAGAUCCGCAGCUAGAGGAGCUGAAGCAUCUAAGCGGUCUUCCUUCUUUCGCCGAGGUCGCCAUUCUCGCAAUAACUCCAUAGCAUCUAUUAAUGUAGAGGAAAAUAAUGAAGACCGCAUGGAUCUCUCUCUUGGACAGGAGUUUGCAGGAGGAGGUAUGGGCGGCAAGCAGGCAAAACUUGGAAAGAUUAUUCUUGAGGACGAAGGCCUGAAAAUGAUGGACUUGCUAGUAGCGGCCAACAUGGCGCUGUGGUGGAGAGCAUAUGAGAAGGCUAAUGGCGGUUCGCGAUCCAGGAAUGAUAGCAUGGAUCUCUAGUCCUGGGACAUCAAAGUUUCUAAAUUUGACGAAUAUACGGACUGCUCAUGAUGAUCAUUACACGUCAUAGGCGAAUGGCAAACUGGGGUGGAUAGGGGUCAGAGUUCGAUAGGUGUGCAGUCGUUUGUUUAUACUGCAUAGCUAUGGUGCACUGCCAUCCGCUAGGAAAC